AUGGCGACCCCAGAAGCGUUGAUUUCGAAAUUCCAAGUUGCCAGGUUAUUAAAGCAAGAUCAAAAUGGUCGCCGCAUUGCCUUGCUUGGAAAUAUCGAUGGAGAGCAAGGCAUUCUGACGGCCGAACGCGCGCCCUUCGCAACCGAAUCCGUCGAAGUUAUCCAGGCCUUCCAUACAGCUCUGCGCCAGAUCACCAAUCUUGGCGAUAACGACAUCUAUCGCUGGUACCUUGCAUCCUCAAACAAUGAUAGCGAUUCUAUUCACCCGAGCCUGCGACACGAUCUAAAACUCAACCUCAUUUGGCCAUGCACUGAGCAACAUAUCAAGAAAUACUCCGACCAGCAAGUUCGAAUGGUAACGGAGACGCCGGAGAUUUAUAAGAAUCAAGUGCGCCCAUACAUGCAAGCCAAGCGUGAAGAGGGCCGCUUGAAUUGGGUCUUGAACAUCCUUGAGGGACGAACAGAACAGGAAGAUGUGAUAAUGCGGGAUGCAGGGCACGGCCCAGAGGAUGCGUUCUUGAUGCUGCCGGAUCUCAACUGGGAUCGGAAGACCAUGGGCUCCCUGCAUUUGCUGGCAUUAGUGCACCGACGAGAUAUCUGGAGUCUGCGUGAUCUACGGAAAGAACAUAUUCAUUGGCUGAAAUACCUGCGACAGCGAGUAUUAGAGGCCACAGUGUCAAUGUACCCCGAGUUAGAUCAGGAUCAGUUGAAACUCUAUGUCCACUAUCAACCCACUUACUACCAUUUCCAUAUUCACGUCGUUAAUGUUAUGCUGGAGGCAGGUGCUACACAGGCUACCGGGAAAGCCUUUGGCUUGGAAAACAUAAUUUCGCAGCUGGAGACCAUGGCUGGUGGAGAUGACGCGAGUAUGGCCGAUGUGAGCUUAACUUACUACUUGGGUGAGGCGAGUGAGCUAUGGGAAAAUAUCUUUGCGCCACUUAAGAAUGCCUCAUCAUAG